UCUACCUCAGUCUUCUUAAAAAUGCUCAAACAAUCAAUUAUUUUUCUCUCUGAAAAUCACACCCUAAAAAGAAAGAGAAAAUCAGCAGAUGAUUCCUUUCCCCUCACAGACAUGGACGACAUCCACAGCUUAACAAUCAUAUCUCCCCAACAACAUAAGCACAAGCUCUUCAUGUUCCACCUCCCGGGAUUGGUUCACCAGGUCAAAGCAUUCCAUAUUAUUCUGGUUCUGUCGUGUGCCCUUUUUUGCUUUGCUAUGUGUGGACCGUGCUUGACGAAUGGAAUGCAGAAUUCCAUGGAAGAUGAUUCUUGUGAGUCCUAUGGGGAUGAUGGUAGUGUUGGAUUUCAAGAUAUUAGCAUUAGUGAUACUAGUUUGGGCUAUGCAGCUGGAAGUUCUAUGACCCGCUUAAAUUUUGAGAAUAUUUGUACCAGUUCUCAUUUGUUCUGCUUUCUUUCAACAUUGCCUGGUUUUUCGCCUAAAGAACACAAGCUUAAAGUAGCUGCUUUAGAAGUUUCUAGGAGUCAGUCUGAUGGUUCGUUAUCUGUAGAAUCGACUCAGGGUGGCAGGUGGUUAGAGAACAAGAACUGGUCAUUGGAUCAUGGCAUGUUCCAGUUAUCAAAUGGCCUGGCUGUUUCCUGUUCUAUGAACUCUAGGGAAGGUGUUGAUGAGUUAUCAUCCACUCAAACCAGUAGAGCUGACCAAUGUGACCCUUCUUCGUGUAAAGGUCCUUUACCAACUCAGAAGAGCACAAGUGCUAGGCUGAGGAAAAAGUCUGAGAUGAUGAAAUAUGGUGCUUUUGAUGUUUCUCCUCCCCAUGUAGAAAUCAGCCCUCCUGCAAUUGACUGGGGGCAGAGCCAUUUAUAUUAUCCCUCAGUAGCAUUCUUAACAGUGGCAAAUACCUGUAAUGAGAGCAUUUUACAUCUCUUUGAACCGUUUAGUACCAAUACACAGUUCUAUGCCUGCAAUUUUAGUGAGGUUUUGUUAGGACCAGGCGAAGUAGCUUCAAUUUGUUUUGUGUUUUUGCCUAGAUGGUUGGGCUUUUCCUCAGCUCAUUUGAUCUUGCAGACAAGCUCUGGUGGAUUCCUGGUCCAGGUCAAGGGUUAUGCGGUUGAGUCGCCUUACAAUAUUAGUCCUUUAUUCAGCCUUGAUGUUCCUUCUAGUGGACAGUUGAGGAAGACUUUUUCUUUAUUUAAUCCUUUCGAUGAAACCCUUUAUGUGAAGGAAGUAAGUGCAUGGAUAUCAGUUUCUCAAGGGAAUAUUUUGCAUAACACUGAAGCAACCUGCAGUUUGGAAAUUUUGGGAGGUCCUGAUGAGCUCAGCCUGUUGGGAGUCAAGGAUUGGUUGGUUGUUAGGAAUGCUCAAAUGGGUUUUCCAUUGAUGGCUAUGAAGCCCCAAGAAAGUUGGGAGAUCCUUCCUCACAGCAGUGGAACCAUCAUGGAGAUGGACUUCUCAUUUGAAUCUGAAGGAAAUGUUUAUGGUGCUUUUUGUAUGCAGUUGCUGAGGUCCUCUCAGGACAAGACCGAUACUGUAAUGGUUCCUCUUGAGCUUGAAUGGGAUGGAAAAGUAGCUUACAGUGGCUUUGCCGGUUUAGUUUCAGUUUCUCUUGAAACUCUGGUUCCAUAUGAUGUUGGCAGCACCGUUGUUGUUGCUAUCUCAUUGAGAAAUGAAGCUCCUCAUGUGUUGAAUGUUGUCAAUGUUAGGGAAGUUGCAGCAGUGAAGGCUUUCCAGAUCAAGUACAUUGAAGGCUUGCUACUUUUCCCUGGCACUGUCACCCAAGUUGCUACAAUUACAUGUACGCAUCUACUUGUUCAAUUACAUGAUUCUACAUCUGAAAUGUCAAAUAUGAACAAAGAUUGCAAAUUAGUGGUACUGACAAAUGACUCGAGUAGUCCUCAAAUUGAAAUUCCUUGUCAGGAUAUAGUUCAUAUUUGUUUGAGACAUCAGAAGGAUUCAUUCAUUGGAUAUGGUAAUCACUCCGAAGAUGCCAAAUCUGGUGAAAGGACUGAAACUGGCAAUAGAAGGACAGGGUCAUUGUGCAGUGGCAAGCUGUCGCUGUUAGAGAUGAAGGCGAUAGAGACAGCAGAAGCAGAUGAAUUUGUACUGGGCAAUUGGAAAUCUCAAGGUACCAUGAGUGGCAUGUCUGUGCUUGAUGAUCAUGAGGUGCUGUUCCCAAUGGUUCAGGUUGGAACUCAUCACUCUAGGUGGAUCACUGUAAAGAAUCCUAGUGAACAUCCAGUUGUAAUGCAGCUCAUUCUUAACUCAGGAGAGAUUAUUGAUGAGUGCAGGGGCACAGAUGGUUCUAUGGAUCCCCCUUCAUCGAGAAUUUUUGUCCAUGCUGAAUUGACUGCUCCUGCCAGGUAUGGGUUCUCAAUGGCAGAGAGUGCACUAACAGAAGCUUAUGUUCAUCCUUAUGGCAAAGCAUCUUUUGGACCAAUAUUCUUUCACCCUUCAAAUCGUUGUGGGUGGAGAAGUUCAGCCCUGAUAAGAAACAAUCUUUCUGGUGUAGAGUGGUUAUCUUUGAUAGGGUUUGGAGGGUUACUCUCUCUAGUCCUGCUUGAUGGUUCAGAGCCUGUUCAGAGCAUAGAAUUUAACCUUAACUUGCCAAUGCCCCUGAAUAUUUCUCCUCCAGAUGGGCUAUUUAACAUGGAAGAGACUGCUUGUGCUUGUUCUGUGCCCUCAUCUAAAGAGCUGUAUGCCAAGAAUAUGGGAGACUUGCCACUUGAGGUGAAAAGUAUUGAAGUUUCUGGGUCUGAGUAUGGGUUGGAUGGGUUUAUGGUUCACACUUGUAAAGGUUUUUCUCUUGAACCAGGGGAGUCAACAAAGCUUCUGAUCUCAUACCAGUCUGAUUUUUCUGCAGCUAUGGUGCACAGAGAUCUUGAACUGGCCUUGACUAGUGGAAUUCUUGUGAUACCCAUAAAGGCAAGUCUUCCUUUGUACAUGUUCAAUCUCUGUAAAAAAUCAGUAUUCUGGAUGCAGUUGAAGAAAUUCUCUGCUGCAGUCCUCCUUGCCACUUCCUUAAUGUUUCUGAUAUUCUGUUGCAUAUUUCCUCAAGUGGUUGCUCUUGGCUUUAAGAAUUACUAUCAUAACAAUGAGAAAAGCUCCACUAAUACUGUAAGAAGUGCAGGAAAAGCUUCUCAUAUGCAUCGUAACCAGAGAAAGAGUAAGUUCUCUAUGUCCAGGGGAAUGGACAGUUUGUUAACAUCAGUUGGGGAAGACAAGGCCUCUAAUCAGACAUCUAUUGGUAAAUAUGCUGAUGGUCAUGAUGGACCCCCGGAACAGGGGCUAACUAUUAAUAAUUUGACGUCAACUCUAGAAAAUCACAAACAAGAUAACAUUUUGUCUUAUACUAAAAAGGAUAAAGCAGUACCAUCUUUGAUGUCAAAAUCCAUAGCGGUUGAGAAUUCUGAUACACUUGAUGCUCCCCAAUCUCCCAACUUUACAGUCGGGAUCGGAAAAGAGAAAGGAAGAAGGCGAAGGAGGAGGAAGGGUGUGAGUGCAUGCUUAACAGGACCGCUUGAAGUAUCGAGUAAUCAAAGUGGAAAUUCUACCCCUUCAUCUCCCCUGUCUCCUGUAUCUGCAACACCCAACCGAAUAUGGUCGCCAUCUUCUGAUGCAGACACUAUUGAGGUGAGAAAUCCAUUCACUCAAGUGGCAGCCCAACAGUUCAGGAAGGUUCCGGUUUCUGAAUCUGCUACCAAGACAGUUGUCCUGGAGCCCAAGGUUUCUAUGAAAUGCCAUGGUUACAACUACUUUUCUGCUACUCGUGAGCAACCUUUAGUGCCCAGCAAGACCUUUUCUAAACCUUCUCCUGCACUUCCUUGUUCUAGUGAUGCUGCCCCCAGUCUGCAUUAUUCUUCUCCCUUGUCAUCAACAUCAACAUCAACAAUUGCUCCUAUUGCUCGAGCUCCUGGAGCAAAACUUUUAAACCAAAGAAGUGUUAAAGUAGAUGAAAAGGUGGGGGGUGAAUAUACAUAUGAUAUCUGGGGUGACCAUUUUUCUGAACUCCAUUUGGUGGGUAGCCCAAAGGAUAAUACAACCAUGAAAACAAUAGCAACAGAAGACAAUUCCAAUAGCUUCUUUGUAGGGGGUCCACAAACCCUGGUGGUGAAAUCUCAACCAAAAUCUAAAAUAAGAUCACGCAACUCCAAUUUGAUGAAAAUGCAGAUGUGAAUUCGUCUCAUUAAACUUGCAUCAAGGAUAGAAGUUAAAUCUGACUGUGCUGUGUUUGGAUGGGUUAAUGUUCUUGUUCAUGACACGAAAUAUUCUUCAGUUGCUGCAUCUAAUUGUCGCAGUGAGGCUGCCUUUGGAUGACAUGCUGUAUGAAAGCGACGACACUGGAGGAAGUUCCCCUUCAAAUCCAUCUGCAAAAUCAUGGAAGGGUAGGGUGUAGAUGUAUACUAUUUGUCAAGACUUGGAACAGCGAGCAUACAGUUCUUGUGACAGGGUAGCUGGAAAGAGGAUGUUGCAGUGAUUGUUUCCUGAGCUAGAGGGAUGCAAGAGAUGUUUGAGGAUUUCUCAGAUUUAAGGGCACUGAUUGUGAUAAGUUUGCUUCUCCCUUUGAAUUCCAAGUAGCAGAAAAACCAGCUGCUUCAUAUGCAAGAAACAAGUGGCAUAUUUUGUAAGGGUGAGUUUCCUGCUGAUUUCUUACAGUAUUCUACAAUACUGUCAAUGCACGCGCAUGCAUAGGCGUGCACACUCGCAAACCUGUAAUUUGCAUGGGAGACCCUUUUGCUGUUAAGAUUGUUGGAAAGCUGUAACUUUCACAAUACAAGGGGCAAGCUGCAAGACAACUGCAUGCCAUUAUUGGAAGGUGGAGUCGUUAGGACGUAAACAGACAAGACGGGUUUUGGUCCAUGAAAUGGUGAUGUUGACGAGAGAGGAGAGCCCUGAGCAAAUGUUCCCAAGAAAUUGAGCAAAGAUAACAAUUAGAUUGCAACCAAUGAGUGUUUGGGGCUUCUUGGGACCAAUGUUUUCUCUAGAAAUAGCUGGAAUAAAAAAGAAAAGAAAGUUUCUUCUGUCUCUAUUGGACCACAUCUACAGCAAGUAAAGACACCGACUUAUCAUCA